GCUUAAUUGGCCUACGUCAUAAAUUGUGCUUCUCUACAAAGAUUUAUUGAAGCGUGUAGCACCCAUCGGUUUCUGCAUAUUCACUAGUUUCCGUGCUUUCUACGGUUUCCUGUUUCCUAGAAUAAAUAUAAUUUUAUAUUCACAUGCUAUUUGAAUAUAUAUAGGUAGCUAUUUAUGUGUUUCUGAUCGUGUGUUUGAGACUAGUCCCGUUUCUUUGAUUUUUUACACGGUGUAUAAGCACAAUCAAUAAACUCCGAUCCAUUUAAAAAAGGAGCAGCAGUCGAGCCUGACAAGUUAACCAAACUCCAAGUUGUUUUGAGCACUCACGAUGGGCAACAAUUCCUCGAAUCUUGCCCGCGAAAGGAGCAGGGCGGUGCCAGGUACUGUUAGCGGGGGGGUUGACCCAUACAUAGUACUAGCAAGACGGCGGGGAAUCGAUCCACCACGAUUCAGUAUCCCCUUACGCCUCGCAGAUCACGUUGAUAACCUCGCUUUGUACGAUUACCCGUUUGAAAAUCUGGUUUUUGCGGGAGGUGGGAACAGGCUUUUUGCAUACACAGGUGCUUUGGAGGUUUUGCAUGAAACUGGAAUUCUAAAGAAUAUCAAGAGGUUUGCUGGAACAAGCUUGGGAGCCCUAACAGCAUGCUUUGCAGCGCUGGGUGUCGGCCCAAGAGAAAUUGUUGUCGAAGUGGAAAAAGUUCGCAGAGAUAUUAGAAAGAUGCUGAAAGAUUCCAAAUGGGGAAUUUUUAGCUUAAUUCCCAAUACAUUGAGGCGCUACGGCUGGCAUCCUGCUAGCGCAUACUGCAGAUGGCUGGAGCUUAAUCUAUCCGACUAUGCAGGGAAACCAGAUAUCACAUUCAGGGAGUUCUACGAAGCGACUGGAAAAGAAUUGUGUUGUGUGGCCACAAAUCUGAACCGAAUGUCAGUGGAAUACUGUCACUUAAAGACUACUCCAGACAUGCCUGUUAUUAUUGCCCUGAGGAUGUCUAUGUCUUUGCCAGUCCUUCUACAAGCUGUGAAACAUCAAACACAUGGAGCAGAGGAUGUGUUUGUAGAUGGCGGCCUUUUGUGUAAUUACCCAAUUCAUGUAUUUGAUGGUUGGUGGUUGUCAAUGGAUGGGGCUGAUAACUUCUUCAUUCGUUUGAACUCUACACAGCAUCGGAAUCCAGUCUGAUGCAGAGCCUGUUCCAGGAUAGAUACAGCGGUAGCUCAGCAAAGGUCCCAAGUACUGUCUUAGCAAGGUCAAGACGAGUUUCUUACUGUGAUGUACCCGACAACACCGCGAACAGGCGUACUGAUGCAUUCGCCCACUUUUUCAGUUUAUUCAAGGAGCAGGAUAUAGAUGAAAACGGCUAUUUAGAUUUUAAAACAUUCAAGCAUUUUAUCCAAAAAAAUAAAAGUUGUUCCGUUACAAGCGACUAUGAACUACUCUUUGGAAAGAACAUGUCAAUUGACGAAGCCUUUGGUCUCGUAGACUCCAGUGGAAACGGAAAGAUUUCCCCAUACGACUUAGUGCGAUUCGCCGAGCAAAGGGGCAUCCAUGUGAACUCGCGGCUUCUGGGCUACGCACGCCAGGAGAUCAAUGAUUUUAACGGAUACAUCAAUGCCUUGUUUAACAGUGUCAUGAAUCAUGCUAUGAAAGAGUUUGUGAAGGAUAAUGAUUACGAUCGCACUAUUGGAAUCGAUACAAGGUACAUACGAGGAACAGAUUUUUCAAUCAAAGUUGGAGACAGAGAUUUUUUAUUUGAGCAAGGUUAUCGGGCAACCAUUGCGUACCUGACGGAGUAUGUGACGAAGCAGAACCUAAAAAAACGGAAGGAGAAUUUGAAACGACAAACAGAGAAAAGAAAAUCACACAUAGUUUUCACAGAUGAAGAGGUCCAGUCCUUAGACGAUGAACUUACAAACAACACUUGAAAUACAUUAUACACGCUUUUGGUUUAUCAAAACGGAAAGACGAAGUUUACUCACCGGAGGCGGACGGGACCGACGACUAGAGUGCGAGCCAACUUAAGCACGUAUUCACAUGACUGGUUUCCUGCAAUUAAAGUUACCAUCACUAUUUUUUUUUUUUUUUUUUUUUUUGAGGUGUCUGAUGUGAAAAGUAAUUACUUACUUGUUUUAUUCACAUUUUUUUUAAAUGGUCAUACAGAUAUAAGCAUACCAUGUGUUGUUAUAUGCCUAUCUGACUUGUUGUAUUGGUAGUAUUAGUUCCGGGAGAAAUCAAUUGUUUUAAGCUGGGCACUAACUGCGGCGUACGACCGUCUGCCGACAAAUCCAACUCCGCACCUUGUGAGUGUUAGACGACGUGACGUCGUCUGCUGAAUGUCGGUGGUAGUCUGAACGGAUCUUUCCGUUCUGCAUAGAGUCACGAUUUGCUUGAGAAAGUUAGUUUAGAGAACACAGAAAUUUUGUUACUCGGUGACUUGAACAUUAGCUAUGUUUUAUAUAAAUAUCUUUCAGACAAUCCCAUAAAUAUGAUAUGAUUAUCUUUAAUUAAAAUAUGAGGCAAUUAAUUUAUGACAAAACAAGGAACGUCACAUUCUUCAGGUUGCAUUGACUUAAUACCGGUACUCACCACUAUGCCAGACCAACACUCUAAAAGUGGUGUUGCUAAAAUUGCUGUUAGUGACCAUUUCUUAGUAUAGUUGUACUAAAUAUGAUGAUAAACAAGUAAGACAUAGGACGAUCAGUUUUAGAGACUACAAAAACGUUGAUAUACUAAAUUGUUCUUGCAUGACAUUACUUGCUGUCUAAACCUGCAAAACAUACCUAAUGACAAUGACGUCAAUAGUGCUUGGCCUACUCUUUUACAACUAUUUUAAACAAACAUGCACAUACCUGAGUCAAACACAGAUAUUCCCAUUGGAUGUCACCUGAAAUUUCAAAGCCAAUUCAGGGAUUAUACUAAAAGCAAGUCCUGGAUUAAGAUCAGAGUAUAGAAGGCUUGGUUGUUAUAAGAUAAAACUAAAGGGCAAAAUCCAAUUAUUUUAACUCUGUAAGUAUAAUAUAUAGUAAAAAAUUAAAAAAAUUAUGGAAUGAAUUAACAAAUUAACGAGUAAAAAUAAUAAAAACACAAAUUGCACUAGUAUAUAUUGCAACUGAGUUCAAUGAUUACUUUACUAAUAUCGGGAAAAGUGUCAUAAACUUUUGAUCAAAAUUUUCCAAAAUGGAUGACCUAGCAGAUACAAAAUAAAAACUUGAUCACAGACUUUUACUGGCGAAGAGUUUUUAGGUUAUAAAUCCCUGGUAUUUAAUGGAUAUAGGAUGGGUGAAAUCACACAGAAAAUACCGAUUUGUAUGACUGAUAAAUAAAAUUACUCUUUUUGUUACGAA